UAGUAGCAAGGUGGAAAUUGCUAAGAUAUACUUGCUAAAUAUUUCGUUACCAUUCUUCAAUUUCCAACAUGUUCAUCAGACUGCAAAUGUAUGGACGUUGACAAAGUAAUUGAGGAGCUUGCGAAGACAGCCUUUCAGCAAGCCACACUCGCUAUGAAACCAAUGAAAGCCCAUGAGGAAUCUGUGAACAAAGUAACUGAGCUGAAGAUUGUCUCUGAGACACCUGCCGUCAAGUGUACUGAGGUUACCAGUCAGCUGUAUCAAGACACCAAAAACAACAUGGAUUCAGUGUCAAAUGAGAUUCUCCCAGAAGGUAACUGCAUAGUUCAAAAUGAUGACCUUGCUGUGAUGGGUUCAAUAGAGGACUCUCGGACCCCAGACUUUGAUAUUGAUCUAUCAGCUGUGGAGUGGCUGGACCCUGAACGGUACUCUACCCUGCUAGUGGAAGAGCCCUCAUCAAGUACAAGCAAAGAUCUUGACCUGACCUUUGGGCCAUCCGCUAAAGUGUCACAAUCCACUGAAGAUGAAACGGAGGAUUCCUUAGCCCUUUUGAACAAAAUGAAUGUGACAAAGAAGGUCUUAAAGACACCUGUGGUUCAGUCCAGCAAGGAGUACACUCAGGUAUAUCACACCAAGGAUAUAUCUGAUGUAAACUCAAGUGAAUGUCUACCAGAAGGUAAUGGCAAAGUUAACAAUUAUGGAAUCGCUGUGAACUUUGGGCCUUCCACUGAAGAUGUAACAAAGGACUCUUUAUUCCUUAUGAAGAAAAGAAAUGAGACAAACCUUGUCUCGGAAGAGGAAAAUAAUACCAGUGUUGUAAUGGGUUCUAGCAAAGAACUUGGAUUGAAUAAAUUAUAUUGUUCUUCUGUACUCUUAGGUUCUAGUGAGGAUUCUCUGAACUCUAACUUUGACAUUGACUUAUCAGCUGUGGAGUCGCUGGAUCCUGAAUGGCACACCACCGUGGCACUUGAAAAGGCCUCGGAUGGCUCAAGCAAUGAUCCUGACCUGGCCUCAGGUGAAACCAGUCUGGAUGAAGACAUCUAUCCUAUUGACCAACCUCUGAUCCCAUAUCAGGCAGCUGACAGUCAUAAAAACCAACCUGCUGGAAAUCUGAUGAACCCAACAUUCACAGCACUUCAGCCUAGAAUAUCCUCAGAUAUUCUCUUCAUCUCUAAUUAUGACCAGGCUUUGACAGCCGGUCAUGAUAGCGUCUUAUGCCAUGUGGAUGACUACUGUUUAAGAAGGCUUCAUCAGCUGGAGCUACACACUUUGUGCUUAACAUAUUCCGCCCUCAUAGACCAAGAACAAAGCCUAAUGGUGGAUUUAAGGGACUACCAUUUGCUAAGGGGUGAGAGGGAGUCCAUAAGAGUCAGAGAUCAGAGAUAUGAAGACAAGGAAGCUGAAUUGUCCAUCCUACGGCAGGGUCCUAAAUACACGGCUGAUCAAGAGGAUGCCACUGGGAGGAAAGCCCAGGACCAGGGAUACCAGAGGGCUUCAGAUUGUAUGGAAACACAAAGACAACAAAAAGAAACAGCUAACUCCUGCACAGAAACAUCCACAAAGAUUGAGAGCAAUGCUCAAGCUAAGCUUAAGCAAGAUGCCCAAACAUGGCAGGGGAAAGACAAGCAUCAUCACCAGUGCAAUACAAAGGAAGGACCUCAAGAGGAGAUCAAGACUAAUGAGAGGGACACCAUUGAGCGAGAAAGAGAGAACAGCAUCCCUGACAGCCAGACGCAGGAGCAGAGAGGCCAAGGUGAGAAGAUCAAUGGUGGAGGUGAGACACCGAACAGGAGACCGAACAGGGAGAAUUGGUUUGAUCACAGAGAUGACGAGUCACAGGGACAUCAAAGGUGGGGUGAAACCAGGGGUAUGCCGUUUAGGCCCAAGGGCAGGUGGAUGGGGACGAACAACGCGUGGGACAGGGACAUCGCACGUGAGGGCUACUGGAGAAAGGAAAGAAGAUACAAUAAGAAAGACACAGAGGUCAGGGCACAGCAAGAGCUUGUUACGGGCUCUGGUGAGACGAUGGAUGGUGAGGUACGGAAGGAUGAGCUACGGAAGGGUGAGGUACGGAAGGGUGAGGACACAAUGGAGAGGAGACCAAGACGUCAGACCCAUCAAUCUCGAAGGCAAAGGCAAAAAAAAAAGCGGAAAGAGCCCCAUCCCUCAGACAGCAGUAUUGAUUGGAGGAACAGAGAGGACAAGUGUCCAGAUAAAAAUGAAGAGAGCAUCAUGGACAGAAAGAAAGGAACAUGGGCGGCCAGCAACAUGGCGUGUGAGUCCGACAACUUGUGUGAUCCAGCUGUCCUUGUGUCCACCACCAACCCAGAACCUCACAUUCGCAACCGCCGCCUAUCCCCUGGGUCAGGCAACUGUGGAGGUGGAGGAGGUGGAGGUUGCACCCUUGCAGUUGACCAGCAGCCCCGCCAGACAUCACCUGGGGCCACUGAGGGCAGCUUGAAUGGACCCACCCACGCACAUACCUUUCGAAGAGACAGAGAGCGCAGGACCCAGCAGCACAAAGGCCGUGGCCCACGCAGAGAGGGCCUCAGAGGGGCAGGGAGGGUGGCUGACCGGCCACCAAAACAGAGCUCAAAGGAGAGGUGGGUGGAGAACAGCCUGUCACUGUUGAGGCCUCCCCCUGCUUUCCCAGUGCAAGACAGCCCAGCCAAACUACAGCCAGCCGUCAGCUACGCCUCCAAGGUGAAGGCGGGAGCUGCAGGCGGUGCCCUCGAGGACGACCGUCCUGCCAUUGGGGUUCUGCUACAGAACCAGUGGGGACUAAGUUUCAUCAGUGAGGUCCUCCAAGCCUCAGAGGGCUCCGGAUGUGCUCCUGGCCCCACAGAGCUGUCACAGCCCUCGGAUGACAGCGAGCCAGCAGAGGAAACACUUCUAACAAUCCAGUACGGUAGUGACAUGCUUGUUCCAGCCACUAACAUGAUCACCAUUGGCCAGUGUCCGGAUGAGGAAGAGGGCAACGGAAAGCUGCUGCUCAGCUGUCGCCAUCUAGUAGAGGCCCUAAAAUACCACAAUCAAGAGUGGAACACUAUUUGCAAUAAACGGAAGCAAGAUCAGAAAAAGGUUGUCUGGUUUAAGAACUCCCUGGAGCACCCAGCCUAACCCGGGGGUACAUGUACAUGCACACACACACCCCUUUUUCACACAUGCACACUUCUCAGGUUGUCUUUACACACAAAGCCACACUGAGACACUUUGGACUAACUCCGAGGAAACACCUAGGGACUUUUCUAACGCCUUACAAGAAGCCUGCCUUAAUGAAGUGGAUUUGGUUCUCCCUAUCCCUGCGCAACAAUUAUUUUAACGUUGUACAGAGCUGGUCUUUUUAAAAACAAACAAAUCUUUAAAGAGCUGUCAUUUUUAUUGUAAUGAACUGCGGUUUUAUCUUUUUGUUUUGUUCUGUAUGCGAGUGGUCAAUCAAGCACUUUCUAAUCCGUUGUGACCAAUCCCUGUAUGCCUACUUUACCAGACUGAUUUUUUUUGUUUAGCACACAUUUGAAAAUGUCUUGUACCUGCUUUCAUUUCACAGUAAUUUUAUACAAGGGACUUGUAACAUGUCUCCAGUUUACAUACAGGUGCAGUCAGCAGCACAAUAAGAAUGCACCUGACCAAUGUCUAAUCUGAUCUGAAUGCUGUUUUUUUGUUUUUUGUACCCCAAUGGGUGAAUGUUACUCUUAAGUCCUCAAGGGAUCACACUUUGCUCAGUAUGUUCUCAAUUUAUAAAAUAUAUAAUUACAAAAACUACACUGGAAGUAGAAGAGGAUUGUAAGUGAACAGUAUUGCAUAAUAAAAUUGAAUGAUCUUGACUA